AUGUCGGCGAUUGGGCUGGAACCAAGGCCGCCCCUUCGGGUCACCAACACUGUUGUGGCAAAGGCUGCUGGUGGUGGUCAGACUGCUGAGACUGCUGGUGGUGGUCAGACUGCCGAGACUGCUGGUGGUGGUCAGACUGCUGGUGGUGGUCAGACUGCUGAGACUGCUGCUGGUGGUCAGACUGCUGAGACUGCUGGUGGUGGUCAGACUGCUGCUGGUGGUCAGACUGCUGAGACUGCUGCUGGUGGUCAGACUGCUGCUGGUGGUCAGACUGCUGAGACUGCUGCUGGUGGUCAGACUGCCAAGACUGCUGCUGGUGGUCAGACUGCUGAGACUGCUGCUGGUGGUCAGACUGCUGAGACUGCUGGUGGUGGUCAGACUGCUGAGACUGCUUCUGGUGGUCAGACUGCUGCUUCCGGUCAGCCUGUUGAGACUGCUGCUGGUGGUCACACUGCUGCCGGUAAGACUGCUGAGACUGCUGCUCCCGGACAGACUGCUGCUCCCGGACAGACUGCUGCUUCCGAUCAGACUGCUGCUCCCGGUCAGACUGCUGCUGCCGGUCAGACUGCUGCUCCCGGACAGACUGCUGCUCCCGGUCAGACUGCUGCUGCCGGACAGACUGCUGCUCCUGGACAGACUGCUGCUGCCGGACAGACUGCUGCUUCCGGUCAGCCUGCUGAAACUGCUGCUGCUGGUCAGACCGCCACUGCCGGCCAGAUUGCUGCUGCCGAUCAGACUGCUGCUGCCAACCACAUUGCUCAGAAUGUAGCUCCUCGUCGGACUGCUCCGAUCGCUGUCGCCGCUUUGAAGACCUUAGUUGCGACCACGACCGAGACCAAGAGUGGCAACUCGACGCCGAGCAACUUUACCUCGUCGGAGGCACCGAGCAGUGCAGCUCGCGCAGGUGGGGAGAGCGGCUCAAACUCGGACCCGCAUGCUCCGGGAGCGAAGCAGAUGGCAUUGGCUGGCGAGGCCAUUCCGGCGAGUACGACCGUUCCAGGCCCUACAGGGCUGGCUCCUGUACCGGCGCUCAAGCCGAUGACCGGUAGAGGCGGAGCAUCCCUCAGCGCAAGCACGUCGACAAUGAGUAGCGUGGUGCUAGGGGCUGGCGCAAGCACGCCAAGGAUGGGAAGCGAGCCGGCAGCGGGCAACGACGGGGUGUUUGGUGCGGCGGCGACUCAUACGCAGGCGCAGCCACAGGCGUCGACGCCGAGCGUCGUGGUGCCAAGAUUUGCGGCGGCAAGCAAGGUGCCACUCGUAGCGGUGGCUCCGCUGCUCCGGCUCGGGGCGGUGGCCAAGCACCUGGGGCGGUUCGGCGAGGCCGCGGUGUGCUUCUCGCGAGCGCUCAAGACUAUGUCCAAGACGAUGAACGAGGAGGCCGGUGGGGUGUGGGCUGAGCUCGGGCACGCGUACCUCAUGACUGGCGACAGCGAGCGGCUGACAGACGCGUUUGAUGCGUACCAGCGGGCGCUGGAGCUGCUCUCUGUCGAGGAGGUGCAGAACGCCGACCUGUGGUACGGCAUCGGCAUCAUGUACGAGUCAUUUGGCUCGUGGGAGCUGGCGGUCGAGGCGCACAUUGCUGUCCUCCGCAUCGCCAUGGACCACCAGCGGCGGGCGCAGGUCCUUUAUCGGCUUGGGCUCCUCUUUCGCAACCUGAAGCGAUAUGUAGACGCGUACCGGUGCCUUGACGCCAUCCGCGACACGCCGCCUGCACCGCUGCGAACCGCCGACGUUGUCUACCACAUUGGCGUGGUGUACGAGGAGGCCGGGGCGGUCGAGGACGCCGUGGCACUCUACACACACAUUCUUGACCAUGUGGAGCCGGACCACUUGCCGGCCAUGGCCAAGGUUGCGCUGAAUCUUGUGCAGCAGGUUGUGAACGCCGAAGCCAGCGAGGACAAUAGCAAUCUUAUCGCGCGCGGCAAGAUGUACCUCGAAACAAUCCUUGCCCGCGAACCGGGCAACGCAACUGCAGCGUGCGCGCUCACCACGCUCGUCCUCCACAACGUGCCACCGGGCGCUGCCGACGACCCGGAGCACGCUACUGCUGUUGCCAACGUCUACGCCCUCCUCCACCGGGCUGUCAAGGCCUCGCCGCCGGACGCCAUGCUCUGGGCCUCCCUCGGCCGCAUCUACUUUGUCAAUCUCCAGCUCAACGACGCGCUCGUCUGCUACGAGCGGGCGCUCUCGCUCUCGCUCGGUAACCCGGAGCUUCUGCACAACAUUGCUGUCGUCUAUGAGACUGCGCAGUAUCCGAACGAGUCAAUGACGGCAUUCAACCUCUUUGCCCGCAUGCGCGAGGCUUCCCGCGCCGCCGAGCGCAGCGGCAAUUCCUCGCCUACCCCUGCCGCCGGCGCCCUCUCCCGCAAAAUCACCGUUGCCCUCUCAUCGACCAACAAGCGCAAGCGGGGCUCGUGAAGGUCGCGUAUGUACGUAAACUGUAAUCACCCG